CUGUCCUGUCCCUCCGGGCAGAUCGGGGUGUCGCGGGGUCGCCUCAUCGGGGGAGGGCACGGUCAGGCGGGAAGGGGGAUCCGGGAGGCCCCGGAGUGUGGCGGGACCCCCCAGGCGGGCUGGGACAUCUCCCGGGGAGAUGAGCAUCGCCACCGGGCUGACGGGCACCGCUCCGCGGGUGAGGGUGGCCACGCUCGGGGCAUCUCCUGGGGUGAUGGGCAGCGCUUCCCGGCGACGGCAUCGCUCCGCGGGCGAUGGUGGCCGUGCUCGGGGCACCCUCCCCGGUGGCGGCGGGUCACGCUUCAGGGCAUUCCCCUCCGGGGGCUGGUGACCGCGCUCGGGCAUCUCCCGCUGGGGAUUAGGGACUGCGCUGUGGGCAUCAUCCCCACGGGCUCCAGGGGUCCUGCCCGGGCACUCUCGGUGCACCCUCCGGGGGUUUGCGGUGCCGGGGAUGAGCUCGGUGCUCGUGCUUGGUGCACCGUCUUAGAGUACUGGGGGACUUGUUCCCUCCCUGCACACCCACCCGUGUGAUUCCCGCACCGGGGACCAGCAUCAACAGCGCCUUCUCCACAUCAGCGGGGCCGGGGGUGUUCAGGUGUCCCAGGAGCAGCACCUGCUUCUGCAGCCCUUCCAGAACAUGCCUCGCACGCAGCAACCCUCCGGCUGGCAGCGCUGGCUGCUGAUCAGGCCGUGCCGCCGCCGCCGUGCCCCGCGAUGCUGCAGUGCAAACACGCGCAGGAGUUCAGCUUCGGGCCCCGCGCUCUGAAGGACGCUCUCAUCUCCACCGACCCCGCGCUGCAGGAGCUCUACGCCAAGGCCUUCUCCAGGGCGGAGAAGCUGUUCCUGUCCGAGGCCUACAACCCCCAGCGCACGCUGUUCUGCACGCUGCUCAUCCGCACGGCCUUCGACUGGCUGCUCAGCCACCCCGAUGCCCCCGAGGACUUCGAGACCUUCUACCACGCCAUGCUGAGGAGGAAGCAAAACUUCUGUCGAAAGCACAUUUACCUGCAGCCUAUAGAUUUGAUCGAAGGCCCUGCUGGGCUCUCACUGCUGGAUUCCCUGCAGAGCUGUGUGGAGUCUUUCUUCCUGGGCCUGCGUGUGAAGUGCCUUCCCUCCAUCCCAGUCUCCUCCAUCCACUGCUGCUUCCGCCACAGCCGGGACUCAGACAGGGUGCAGCUCCAUGCAGAUGGGAUCCUGAAUUUCCUGAAGAACAACAAACCCAUGGAUGCUCUAUGUGUCCUUGGACUUACCCUGCUGGACCUUUACCCAUGUGAGACCUGGAGCUUCACAUUCAGCAAAUUCCUGCCAGGACAAGAAGUGGGAGUCUGCAGCUUUGCCAGGUUUUCUGGGGAUUUCCCCCAGGCUGGUUGUAGCAGCCUGAACCCACCCACGCAGAAGGAAGAGCUCUGUGAAGUCAGCAAGGAGGGCAGAGACCGGACCUUGCAGUUCAGUGCCCAGGAGAUGGUCCAGUGCUGUAAGGUGACCUGCCACGAGAUCUGCCACCUGAUGGGGCUGGGGACGUGCCGCUGGCUGCAGUGCAUCAUGCAGGGCGCCCUGAGCCUGGACGAGGCGCUGCUGCGGCCCCUGGAGCCCUGCCCCAUCUGCCUGAGGAAGCUGCAGCACGUCGUGGGCUUCAAACUCAUCGAGCGCUACAGGAAGCUCUAUGCUUGGACACAGACCGUGCUGUCCACGUGGCCAAGGCAGGAGUCAGCAGAGCUGUCUGCCUCCGAGGACAUCCUCCCGUUCAGCUCCGACUCUGGGAUGUGCUGCGAGAACGACUCCGAGGCCGUGACCUCGCUGUCCGAGCCGCUGACCCCCGACACCUGCAGCCAGGGCCUGUCCCUGGGGCCAGAGCUGGAGCAGGACGAGCAGCCGAGCUCCCUGCAGGAGGGGCAGGGCCAGCCCCGGCCCCCCGGGCACACCAAGGCCACGGACACCAUCAAGGAUUACGAGCUGUGGCUGGAGAUGUGCAUUGCUGCCCUGGAGAGGAACGUCUCUGAGGAGGAACUGGCUCAAGUGGACAAGAGCGUGGAUGCCUUGGCUAAAUGGGAAAUGUUUACAGGCCAGCUGCCUGCUAUGAGGAAGGACCUGCCCUUUGCUAGGGACAGCACUGGGCUACGCAAAGUUCUUGGAGACAAAUUUUCCUCCUUGAGGAGGAAGCUGAGCUCCAGAAAACUGUCCAAAGGGGAAUCGUCCCCUCAUCGCUGGCGCUGGGAGGACAAUUAGGCUGGGGCAGCCUUGGGCCAGCUUUCCUCACCCCAGGCUGUUGCUGUCUCAGAGAAACAGCAACUCCCCCCAGGAAUAAAAGGUGUUUUUGUUUUCUGAUAUUGCUAA